GAAUAAAGCGAGCCCUAAAUUUUGAUACAGCCCGUCAUGUACCGGCAGCAUUCUUAUGACUUUCCCUAGUUUCUGUAGCUUUUUCUCAGCGUGCUCUAGUCUUUUCAUCUCCGUUUGCUUUAUAUUCGCUCUCUCAUAUUUACCGUCAUUCCUUAACUUCCAAUUCUCGCUUUACCUUAGCGUAGAUGUGAGAGAGGAGCCAACAAGAAACGAACCUGUUAGUGUUAGCCUAUAAAUCCGCUUUUAGGUUCUGGAUUUUGGACUAUGGCGUCGUCGAAGGUUCUGGCGACCUCGUCAACGACGAAUCCUGAUAUGCCACGUCAACCCUCUUUAUGUUCCUCCCUCUCAACCCUGCUCGCCGAUCUCCAAAACCAAAACCAGUUCUCUUCUAAUUCUCAGAGCCCUUUGCUCUCCGCGACCAUGGACGAUCUAUUGAAAAACAUAUACUCUUAUCCUACUCCACCGACACCAGACGAUCCCCACGCGCCCCCCUUCUCCGGUGGCGCGUCGAUCUCACGCGAUGGAAGCUUCCCUAUGCCUAAGGAAGCUGCUAGCAAGUCCGUUGAUGACGUUUGGAAGGAAAUUGUGGCCGGCGGGGAUCACCGGCGUGAUGAAAAUGGUGGUGGUGGAGGAAUCGAGGGGAUGACUUUGGAGGAUUUUCUGACUAAGGCCGGUGCAGUGAGGGAGGAGGAUGUUAGAGGGGUUGGAAUUCCGGUUCAGGUGGGGGCUGCUGUAGGAGCUUAUGGUGUGGAUAGCAAUAGCAAAAUAACUAAUGAGAAUAAUAGUAAUUAUGAUACUGGAGAAUUUCAGGGGUUGGGAAAUGGGAUGAUGGUGGUGGCAGAAGGAGGGAAAGGGAGGCAGAAGAGGAGGGCUGUGGAAGAACCUCCAAUGGAUAAGGCCACCCAGCAGAAGCAGAGGAGAAUGAUCAAGAAUCGUGAAUCUGCUGCCAGGUCUAGGGAACGUAAACAGGCUUACACGAUUGAGCUAGAAUCUUUGGUGACACAACUUGAGGAGGAGAAUUCCCGUCUAUUGAGGGAAGAGGUUGAGCAAAAGAAGAAGAGAUUUAAAGAGCUAAUGGAGAACCUCAUUCCAGUUGUUGAGAAGCGAAGACCACCACGUGUGCUUCGUAGAGUAAAUUCUGUGCAGUGGUAGAUAUUGUUCCAAUUUAGCAGUGGUAUAAGUUUUGUUGGUCGUUAAAUAAUAGAGUAUAUAUAGAUACGAAGAGAGAUGCAAAGUUAAAAAGAAGCGGAGAACUAUUUGUCCUCUUUUCGAGUAUCAAUGUUAAAUGUCCUCUUUUAUGUUUUACUAUUCUUGUAUAGAUAUGAGUUUAUUUGGGUUAUAGACCGUUAUAUCUUCUAUUUGAUAAAGACAUGAUGCGGUUAUUAUAAGAUGUAAGAAUGGACUUAAUGAUCAGUGGAUUAAAUAUUUUUACAGUCA